CAGCUGCCGGAGUCGAGGUGUCUGCUGCUGCUCCUGCUACUGCUUCACUGCUUCUUUCACCAUCUAGAUGACAGCUGAAGUUUGGCUGAAAGGACACUGAGUGCCACUCUGAUCAGAUAGUCUGUCAUCCUGACGUAUUCAAAUGGAAUCAUACUCCUCUAAGACCCAACAGAGGUCUGGAAAUGCGUACUUUAAGAGAAGAAGACAUGAUGAAGAGGUCGAUGCUCUGUCUGGUUUGACACAGAAGUUUUCUGAAGUUAUUAAAACAUUCAAUCAUGAGGAUCUCCUUAAGCUCACCGAGUACUACAAGCCCUACCUGGCCUAUGUGAUUGAGUAUGACAUUAGAAGUGUCCUUCAGAACCUGGUUACCAAGAAAAUCCUCACCAACAAUGAGGCCAAGAAAUUCGAAACCAAAGGAGACAAUGAGGGGACACAAGGUGUGGAGUCCUUCAUCAGUUGACAUGAUGAAGAAAAACAGAGUGGUGCUGAUCAGCCUGUGGGAGGCGCUAGCUGAAGAACUUGUGAGAUUUCCAUCACCUAACCUGCCAAGAAUCCUGAAGGAGGUGACAGAGGGAGGACUGGACCUCUUGAAUGACAUUCAGUCCAGUGUUCACAUUCCCACUCAUAUUAAAGGCCUCCAUGAGACACACAGAGGUGGUGUGUUUGAAUCCACAAAAACUUUGGAGGAUCAGGCUUCUCUUGAAGAUCCACACACCAGAGUUAUGGGCUUUGAGACUCGAUACACAGAUCUGAUGGUCAUCAAACAGUACAAAAGAACCUACAGUGAGAGGCUCCAUGAACUUGAGAAGACGGGGAGAACACAUGCAGAGCUGGUGGAGGAGAAGACAAAAGUGAAAUGUGAGCGAAUCUGGACUGAGCAGCUUUUUAGAAAAAGUGCAAGAAGUGAGACACACCCUCACAUUGUGGUGGUCAGUGGGGUGGCAGGAAUUGGGAAGACCACCAUGGUCCAGAAGAUUAUGUUUGACUGGGCCAGAGGCAGUCAGUACCAGAGGUUUGCAUUUGUGUUCCUGUUUAAGUUCAGGGAGCUCAACCUACUAGACACGGAGACAGAGCCACAGAUGCCUCUGACCAGGCUGAUUGUAAGGCACUAUAAAUAUCUCAAUGACCCAAGACUGAGAGAAAUCCUGAAGAAACCUGAAUCUCUCCUCUUUAUAUUUGAUGGGCUGGAUGAGUACAAACACAAACUGGACUUUACACAGAGUAAGCUCUGCUCAAACCCAGAGGAGGGCUACGUUCCUGUGCACAUCCUGUUCACCAGCCUGGUCAGAAGGACAUUAAUGGAUGGCUGUACAGUUUUGAUCACAAGUAGACCAACAACGCUGGAAGCCCUGGCCAUGGAGAGAGUUGAUCGAUUUGCAGAGAUCCUGGGGUUCUUCCCUGAACAAAGGCUGAUGUAUUUUCAGAAGUUCUUUGGUGAUGCUGAUCAGAGCACUGAGGCUUUUCAGUAUGUGGAGGAGAACGCCAUCCUGUACACCAUGUGCUUCAACCCCUCGUACUGCUGGAUUAUCUGCUCUGUGCUGAAGAGCCACUUCAUGACACCUGAAGAAGAGCGAGGAGCUGCUCCCAGGACCAUCACUGAGCUGUUUGUGAUAUUCCUUUACAACAUUCUCACCAAUCACAAACGAGAAGCUGAAGAUCCUCGGGAUUUUCUGGUCAAACUAGGAAAGAUGGCUUAUCAUGGGGUAGUCAACAGAAGUCUUGUGUUUUAUGAAAAUCAAGAGAUGUCCACAUUUGGUUUACGACCAGUCCUGUCCUCUCCAUUCCUCUCAGGGUUCCUCAAAGAAAUCCUUCAGAGAGAAAGCACUCUGGAGCACACAACCUACACAUUCUACCACCUCACCAUACAGGAGUUCAUGGCUGCCUGCUUCUUCUACCUCGAUCCAUCAGGAGGUGUUGAGGACAUGCUUGUGAAGCUGGAAUCGUGUAAAGAUGGCCGGUUUGAGAUUCUCACUCGAUUCCUGGCAGGACUUGCCAGGCCUUCUGUAUUUAAAACACUGGGUGGAAUCCUGGGGGAGUUUAAGAGGAAAACAGCAAAGCGAAUACUGGAGUGGGUGAAGCAAAAAGCUGAACAGGCACUAUGGAGAGGAGAUAAAAGUGAAGCUCUGCGAGUGUGUCAGUGGCUCUAUGAGACUCAGAAUAAGAGAUUAAUCAGAGACGCCAUUGGGAAGGAUUUAAAGAUGGAUUUUAGUGAGACGACCUUAUCUCCUCUGGACUGUGCUGUGCUGGGUUCCAUCAUUAGCUGCUGUGGAGAGGUUGAGGAGCUCAAACUGUUUAAGACACAGCUUACCUCAGAGUGCAUCAGGAGACUCAUGCUGGGACUCAUCUGCUGCAGACAAGUCAAGUUUGAUGAGUCCAUUCUUAAAGGAGUUCAACAGUUCACAAGGAGACAACAAGUUACAACAAUGAGAAGAGCAGAAGGGCACAUAAUAAAGUGUGAGGUUCUGACACUUGUGUUUCUAUGCCCCAAGCACCAGGGCACUUUACUAAGGAGUUUGAGCAGAGCCUUUAAAUUGGGUCCCUCUUUACUGGUCACAGUGACACUUCACAUAUUGCACCCCAUGUCUGUCCACAUGUCCUCUCUUCUCUCUCUUUAUCUUCACAGUUUUGACACAUGUGGUCUCACCUCCACAUGCUGCUCAGCUUUCUCCUCAGCUCUUUCUUCUCCAUACUCACGACUGACGGAACUGGACCUGAGCUUCAACAGCAACCUGGGGGAUUCAGGAGUGAAUCAUCUGUGUGAGGGGCUGAGGAGUGAAAACUGCAAAUUAGAGACACUGAACCUAUCUGUUUGUCGUUUCACCUCCAGAUGUUGCUCAGCUCUCUCCUCAGCUCUUUCUGGUCCACACUCACGACUGACUGAACUGGACCUGACCAGCAACAACAUGGGGGAUUCAGGAGUGGAUCAGCUGUGUGAGGGGCUGAGGAGUGAAAACUGCAAAUUAGAGAAACUGCACCUUUCUCGUUGUGGUCUCACCUCCACGUGUUGCUCAGCUCUCUCCUCAACUCUUUCUUCUCCACACUCACGACUGACUAAACUGAACCUGAACAGAAACAACUUGGAGGAUUCAGGAGUGGAUCAGCUGUGUGAGGGGCUGAGGAGUGAAAACUGCAAAAUAGAGAAACUGGGCCUGCACUCAUGUGGUCUCACCUCCAGAUGUUCCUCAUCUCUCUCCUCAGUCCUCUCUUCUCCACACUCACAGCUGACUGAACUGAACCUAAACUUCAACAAACUGGGAGAUUCAGGAACUCAUCAGCUAUGUGAGGGUCUGCGGACCCCAAACUGUAAAUUAGAGAUACUGGAGCUGCUGUUUAAUGGGAUCAGUGAGAGUGAGAGGACGAACCUGAGGUCACUACAGGAGGAGCUGAACAAGACUGGACGCCAGGUGAAUAUCAAUACAGAAGAAGACUGAACAUGCUGAUCAACUGACCCCAGUGAUGGCACCCCCUGUCCUCUCUCUCUGAAUUAUUCUCUUUAUUCUUUUAUAAUCCCCUCUGCUCUCUUCCACAUUUCAUAAACUCUCCAUGUCUUCUUCUCACCCUGUGUGAUUCUUCUUUAAACUCACUUGUGCUCCUCCACCCUGUCACCCUGAACUGGUCACCAAGCUCCACAAGUUCAGACCAGAGACACCUGAAUUUCAUCACCAAGAGAACUACAGUGAGAACUGUCCUCUGAAACUAGCUGGGGUUACAAAGCCCACUGGGGAGAGCAGCAGGAGCAAACACAGGUGAACAGUCCAGUUGUAGGAUGGUGGAGAGUGAAGCCAAUCUUGGCAUUGGUGACAAAUUCUGGACAGGCACCAGGCUUUCACAGGUCAAGCUGAUGGCCCAUCUGAGCAGAAACCUCAUAAACCUACUGCCUGCUCCUCAACAUCAUAUGGUGUUGCUUGAACCUGUGUCUGCUCCACUCCUAGUUCACUGCCUCAUUUGCACACAAUUAAUGUCAUCUUCUGUUUGUGAGUGAAUAGACUCUACCAUGUGCUGGUUUGGACUUCUGUGACACUUGAUCACACACAAGGCUCAGGUCUCUUUGUCUUCUUUGUCAUUCCCUCAUUGUCACCUCAAUGUCUCCUCCACUCAUGUCAUCUUUAUAGAGCAGUGACCUGAACAAGCGAGCCAUUUAAAAAUAAAUGAGAGCAAAAGAAAAGGAUAAGGAGAACUCAGGCCUGUUGGUGUAGAAAGUGUGAGGGACUGGCGGCCCACCCAGGGUUGGAUCUCAUACAUUGAACCUGAUGUUGACCUUGAACUGGACUGAGUGGGUUCAGAAAAUGGAGGGAUGGUGGACACCAAAGCCAACUGGGAAUUAAGAGGGAGUUGAACUUAAAUGAGGCCCUUGGAUGAUGGAGUGUGAAACUUCAGCUUGAAAGUGGGCUUCUCCAGGACAGCUGAACAAGGAGCAGAGUGUGGACAGAUGGACUUUGAGUGUGACAGAGGAGAAAAGACAGAGAUACAAACAAGGGUGCAAGAAGAAGAGCUACAAAGACAAAGAUGGUUAGAGAGAUGGGGGACAGAUGAGUACAGAAAAGGAAAGCCAAAUAGGACAGAGGGGGACAAUAAAUGGAGGAGAGAAGGAAUAUUUAAACGUGAAACACAGGGAAAGCUCAGUUACAUUAGAAUGGAGCAGAGAAUUUGAUUUCCAAGGUCAGAAACCUUGAAGGAGACAUGAUGGCCAUCUACACCCUCUUCUGAGCCAAUAAGGGUGAAGAUCUUUGUGAACAAGAAGACUCUGCUCUGCCUCAGUUGUGGUUGAAACAGAUCUAUAACAUAUCAGAAUGUGAAGAAGUGAAGUUGGAUGACAUCCUCCACUAGAAAGAGGAGUGAAGUGAAUAAGAUGAUAAGAGUACAAGGAUGGAGAAGUGAGGAGGUGACAGUAAAUAUGACAGACAGUGACGCCAGUGCAAACGUCAUGAGGAGUCACAGAUUGUGGACUCUGAUUAUUUCACUGAUGAGAAUGACGACAGUGUUGGAUCAGCAUAAUGAGGGAGGAGUUUAGGUAAAGUUUCCUUUCAAAAGAUGAUGCUGACUGACACACAUUAAAUGUCCAACAUGAAGAGACUCAUUCUAGUUUGUCCAGGCUGUUAGUGUCAGUUUGAAUACAAUGUUCACAGUCCUGCUCCUCUUAACCCCUACAGGACCCUCAGAGGGCUAGCUUUGGGUGGACUCAUCCAUAUGACUAAGUUUAGGUGCUAAGGAUUGGUAGUAUUGACAGUGGGCAUCAUGGUGACAGCCAGGUGAGCUAGGUGGGUGAGAAGUGGGGGUCUUUUAUCACUGAGACAGGUCAGGAUAGAGGAGCUGAUGAGGUGGUGUGAAGAAGACCUCAACUCAAACCAUGUCUCUGUCAGGCUCAGCUCAUUAGCCAGACCCCUGUACUGGUGAUCCACCAGACUGUUAUACCCGGUCACCCUCCCCAUCCAACUCCACACAUCUCUCAUUUUACUGUGCUGCUCAAGUUAGCCCUCCAUACCUUCAGCUCUAAAGACUUUGUUUGUAAUGUGUGACCGAGUUCACUAACAGGAGGGCACUUCACUGUCUUGGUGAUGACCGUGCUGUCAACACACACGUCUGCUACACAUGAAUACACCGUUAUGAAUGACUGCACAUGUAAGUCUCAUUACUCUCUGAUGUCCACUUCUUCACACUCAUUGGCUCCUGCUGGACUAUGGACUUAUAAACAGGCCUAUCAGUAACAAGUUUGGAAUUCUGAAAUUUCCAGUAUGUCCAGAAUAGCCAGCGGACUUCAGAAACUAAAGGACACAUCUGUGAAGUGCAGACAGCCCACUGGUACAUUCCUGCUGGACCUCACAGACUGGACAUCAGAACAGGACUACAAAGCACAGGGCCAUGAGGGGAUCAGUUUAAGGUGGGCUAUUUAGAGAAGACCACAAGGAGUUCAUCUCAUAGAUUUACUGUUUGGAAUAAUGGAAACCUAAAAAUAAAAAUGAUUUAUGAACUUUGGGUUAAAAAUUAAUAGCUGGAGUACAAACAGACAUUAAUUAUAAAGAGUAUUACAGGAAAUUUUAUAUUUCUGUUAAUCUUCAGGUAUAUUUGGCAGUAAAAGGAGGGACCCCUGUGGAUGAGAGGACAAUUAGAAGGAGUUGUGGUGAGCGUCCAGUAGAAACAUUGAAAGAAUGUACAGGGGGCCAGUAAAUUACAGCGAGGAGACAUUUGGAGUUGUGGACUUGUUGAGUGAUUUUUAAGAUCUUUCCUGCUAGAUGAGCACAUCCUCGUUGUUACAAUGUCACAGAAUUUUAUAUUUGGAAAACAAAACGUGGACGAUACAUAAUAAAUACAAACUGAAUAACGAAUAAGAGUAAAGAGGACACAAAUGUGCAGGGAAUUCAUCACAUUUAUGAAAUGUAAAAAGCAGAGAUAAGCUCCAGAGAUUUAAAAUAAAUCCAUGUCAUGUU